UCUGAUUUUAUUUCCGACCCCGUGAAGGUUGCACGAAGCGUUGCUGUCGUUUAGGGAUUUUCCCUGAAUAAACCCAUCUCGAAAAACCAGCAACAGUGCGGGAAGACAAAGCAUGAAAACGACACAGGCCAUCCGAUAUGCCGUUCGUCUGAACUAUGGACAGGUUAACGAUGUGGCUAGCAAGUCCACGGAUCGUUAUACAACCAGAUCAGCGGCCCUUCUAGCAGCACUCGGUAUUGGAUUGUCCUCGUUUAGUAUGAAACAAAUGCUAACCAAACCGGCUAAAAGGAAAUUGUAAGAUUCCGGCCACUGGUUUCACCCGGUUUACCUUCUACCUAUCUAACCUGAAACGUCCGUGGAAAUCAAAUGAAAUUGAAAGUUAGCUCUGUAUCACAGCAUCGCAAGACGUAAUUUCGGAGAAAGGCUGAUGGCGCUACGGCAUUAGUGAAUAUUUCAACGUUUUUUUGUAGAAUAUAUCGGUUUAAUUGAACCCCUUCUGUUGAGCUUACGUUUUUCAAUCGUACAAUGCAGACCGACUGAUUUUACGGUGGAACAUAUUUUAGAAUUGUCGUAGGUGAUUUGAAAUAGCAACUAAUCCAAAACAAAUUGCCCAUUGGCCACACACACUCACACAGCUUCCGGUACGGACUCUGCAUGUAGCAAAGCAUACAAUUGAUAGCAGCUUAUAUACUGUCCAGUCCUUAGGGAAUUACAGACUGAAAGUUUACGUUAGUUUCAGACAAUGCUCUUUAAGCUGAGUGAAAGUUUCAUGAACGUAGAUUUAAUUCCUAAUUGUUUUAAUUUGUGUAGCAUUUAGGUUUAUAAUUUGCUCUUCAUGUUAGCUUGAGCUAUACGUACGGAUGAAGUGUUGUAGGGAUGUAAAAUUGCAAAACACUUACGAGUGGUGUAUGUGUGUUCGAUGCUAGUUCAUCAUUGUAUCGCAGAUUUUGUUUUACCACAUUGAAACAAACAAGGAAAGCUUAGAAUAGAUUGAUUUAUUGUAACUACUUGGGGGUAUGAAAUCAGUAAAGACUGCAGAGCAAGCGAGUGAAAUUUAUAUAGUACCACAUAUCCAUUGGCCAACGAUGAAUUUGUGUUGAACCCAGUAAGGAAUGCGAAUGGAAUUUGGAACGACUACCUGCUAAAUAAAUUGCGGUAAAUAGUAACAAAAAUGUGGGAUAUUAACUAUCCAUACCAAACCAGGAAGUAUCUUGUAACUUGACAAAAAAGCUUACUCAGUAUAACUGAACGAAUGUGGCUUUUCUUCCAAAGAGCAUUGCGCUAGGAUAUGGGCAAACCACUUUGAAAGGUUUGAUUUCUUUACGAUAGACCGGAUUUGGUGUGAUAGUUAGAAAGAUAAAUAAAAUACAAACUAUGUCAAUGCUUCAA